AUGGACGCCAGCGAUGCCUCGCUGCUAGACGAGCGCAGCAGAGAUUCCCCCACACUGCUGCCCGCCCUGCAGAACCUUCUGCAACUCGUCACGCCGGCGAUACCGAUGACCAAGUCCAGGCUGCAGGCAGUCAUGGGAAUCUCUACGAUGGUACAGCGCGUCCGGAUAGAACCCUCUUCCUUCGGUCCACUCUUACCACACUCUCUUCAGGCUCGACAUGGCGCGAAGCAUCAAGAUGCUGGAAAUGGACGAUGUUUUUGCAUCAGUAGGCAGCAGGGGCUGGGAUACCAAGCGUGCUGGCCGCGACCUUGAAAGUGCGAGAGGGCCACACGGCGUGCCUGAGAGAGAUCUUGUGGCUUUGCAAACCCUUUGCUACGUCAAGGAGACGGUGCUUGCUGCGAUCACCUUUAUCGCCCCUGGAGCCCUGGGCAGGAACUUGUCCGCAGCUGCCGAGGCGAGGGCUGCACUUGUACCGCUUUUUUCUCUAUCGAGCUGACUGAAAGUCCAUAUAGACUAUUUAUACAAAUUGUUUCGUAGUCGGGACUUCCACCGGUGACGUUCGGACAACAAAAAAGAGGCGUUGGCCGUGGUGUGACUUUUUUUCGAAGUUUGC